AACACAAACGGUGAGUUACUGCUUUAUUCAUCAUUUAUCUUCAGAACAUUCAGUCAUUUAACAUUCAGAAUAUAAACAUAAUAUGAAAAUGUUUCUAUUAUUUUCGUCUAGAUAAAACUGAUCUCUGCUGUGAUCUACUGAGGAGAAGAUGGCAACGAUGGUGUUUUUAGCGGUUCUUCUCUCUGUUGUUCUGGUGAGUGGAUGCAGUCAGGAUAAAGACAUGCCAGUCGACUGUUCUGACCUUUAUAAAUCAGGACAAACAGUCAGUGGGAUUUACUCCAUCUAUCCAGCAGGAGACAUUCCUGUCUGGGUUUACUGUGAGAUGAUCUCAGAUGGUAAAGAUGAGGACAAAGGAGCAUGGACGGUGAUUCAGAGGAGAAUGGACGGCAGUGUGAAUUUCUAUCGGCCGGGGAAUCAGUUCAAGAGAGGAUUUGGGAAUGUGGAGGGAGAAUACUGGCUGGGGCUGGAGAACAUGUACCAGCUGACACGUAAGAACAAGUACAUGCUGAGAGUGGAUCUGGAGGACUUCACCGGAAGGAAAGGUUUCGCUCUGUACUCGUCCUUCUCUGUGGAUUGUGAAACUGAUGGAUAUAAACUACAAGUUUCAGGGUUCAAGGAUGGAGGAGCAGGCGACUCUAUGACCCACCAUAAUGGACAGAAGUUCACCACCUUUGACAAGGACCAAGACGCCAAUGAAAAAAACUGUGCCAAAGUGUAUCUUGGGGCAUUUUGGUACAAUAACUGUCACACUGCAAACCCCAAUGGUGUGUAUUUAUGGGGAGACGAUCCCACACUUUUCGCCGUUGGAAAUGUUUGGUACACAUGGAAGACCAAUUUUUCUGUUGGUAUGAAAUCCAUCAGCAUGAAGAUCAGACGUGUGUCUUAGACAUUUGAAGAAACAUUACAGUCUUUCUCAAAAACAAAUAACAAAUCAAAGUAAGGUUUAAGAGUUUCCUUUCCUCUCUAUACUGUGUAACUUUGGAAAUCUGUUGUGGUGUGUAAUUUUAUUAAUUCUUCUUUUUUGUUUUGGGUCACUUCUUUAAAUGUACAACUUAAAAUGUAAACUUUAUUAAACUGCAGCAAUGAAAGACA